AUGCCGCCGUGGGGCGCCGCCCUCGCCCUGCUCCUAGCCGCGAUCGCCUUGCUUGGCCUGCUUGUCCCAAGUCUGCGGCGCCUCGGGAGGCGCACCGUCGGAGCCAGGACCCUACCGGGGGCCCGGGGCCAGGACGACAAUGAGGAGGCGGACAGCGGAGGCCCGGCGGACCAGUUCAGCAACGGGCGCGAGCCGCUGCCCGGCGGGUGCAGGCUCAUCUGUAAGCCGUCGGCGCUGGCACAGUGCCUGCUGCGCGCCUUGCGACGCUCGGCAGCGCUGGAGCCGGGCCCGCGCUCCUGGCUCUCCGGGCCCCACCUGCAGACCCUCUGCCACUUCGUGUUUCCGGUGGGGCCGGGUCCUGAGCUGGCCCGGGAGUACCUGCAGUUAGCGGACGACGGACUGGUGGCCCUGGACUGGGUCGUGGGACCAUGCGGCCGGGGCCGCCGAGUCACCAACGCCGGGGGCCUUCCAGCGGUGCUGCUGGUGAUCCCCAAUGCAUGGGGGCGCCUCACACGCAAUGUGCUCGGCCUCUGCCUGCUCGCCCUAGAGCGCGGCUACUACCCGGUCAUCUUCCACCGCCGCGGCCACCACGGCUGCCCGCUGAUCAGUCCCCGGCUGCAGCCUUUCGGGGACCCAUCCGAUCUCAAGGAGGCUGUCACUUACAUCCGCUUCCGACACCCCGCAGCCCCGCUGUUCGCGGUGAGCGAGGGCUCCGGCUCGGCGCUGCUGCUGUCCUACCUGGGCGAGUGUGGCUCUUCUAGCUAUGUGACGGGAGCCGCCUGCAUCUCCCCGGUGCUGCGCUGCCGCGAGUGGUUUGAGGCCGGCCUGCCCUGGCUCUACGAGCGGGGCUUUCUUCUCCACCAGAAGAUCGCCCUCAGCAGGUAUGCCACGGCCCUGGAGGACACCGUGGACACCAGCAAACUGUUCAGGAGCCGCUCCCUUCGAGAGUUUGAGGAGACCCUCUUCUGCCACACCAAGAGUUUCCCCAUCAGUUGGGAUACCUACUGGGACCACAACGACCCCCUCCGGGAUGUGGAUGAGGCAGCCGUACCUGUGCUGUGUAUUUGUAGUGCUGAUGACCCCGUAUGCGGGCCCCCAGACCACUUUCUGCCCACUGAACUCUUUCACAGUAACCCCUACUUCUUCCUCCUGCUCAGUCGCCACGGAGGCCACUGCGGCUUUCUGCGCCAGGAGCCUUUGCCAGCAUGGAGCCACGAGGUCAUCUUGGAGUAUUUCCGGACCUUGACUGACUUCUUCCGAACAGAAGAGAGGAUGAAAGGGCUGAGCAAGCACCGAGCUUCAUUCCUAGGGGGGCGGCGACGCUGGGGAACCCUGCAGAAGCGGGAGGUCUCUUCUUCUUCCAGUCUGGAUGACAUCUUUAGCUGGAAGCGAUCAUAUACAAGGUGAGACCUGGCCAGAGAAUGCCUGCAAGGAAAAACAGAGGACUGAAUGGGGCAAGCAUCUCUAGCUCUUUGCUACCCGUUUAGCCCUUUCUUCUUUUCUGGUCUGUGGAAAGAAAAGAAACUUCCAGUUAGCUGCCACUUACUUCACUCUGAGCAGAACUCCUGCCCAGCUCUGCUCAACAUAUUCCUGUUCAUCCUGGUCAGCAGCUGGGCAUUCCUGUUCACUGUCUUCUGUCACUGACCUCAUAAACCAAAGAUUAGUAUUGUUUAAACCCAUGGACUCAGGAUAAAAUGCUCUCUCCCUAGCAAUGACUACAGAGAAGAUGAGUUUCUGUGUCAUUGGGCAGCUCUGUCCCACAUAAAUAAUCAGCUCUGUGACCCUGACUCUCAAGCUGAAGCCACUCGAAGUACCGAGGACAGGAUGUUUGUGUCUCCAUCCCACUUCCCUCCUUGCAUUCUGUGGUUGUGGCACUCUGCUGACUUCAUGGGGCUGACGGUUGUGGAAGUGGGCUCACAGAGCCGCGUGGCUGCCUCUGUCCUGCUGAGUGUGAGACGGGCAGUGGAGGCAGUAAGUGCAGUGCUGAGAUGGAUCAGCAAGAGCCACCAGGUAGAAACUGUGAAUGCCUGUCUAGAAUACGAAGGUCCAGCCUUUCUGAUGUCGUCUGCAAGUCUUGGUUGGGAAUGGAGUGGAUCUGCAGCUUCAGCCCAGGACCUCAAGCUUCACUGGACGGAUUCCCAAGGAUGGUUUUAAGAACAGGAAGUCCUUGAACACAGUCUGCUAGACCAUGGCUCAAGGAGCCAGACUUUCAGGCUCUCUAGCUGCUCCUUCUGGUACUAUUUCUGGGGAUUAUUACUCCAGAGAGCUCUGGCCAGAGGUGCUUUUCUCCUGUGAUAUGGGCAUUCUCUAAGUAGUGAGAAGUAUAAACCUCAUAUCUUAGGUGUUGUCCCAUUAGCUGCCCUCUUUUCUGACACUACUACUGGCCUCUCCAUCUCCAGAACCUGGAGAAACAUCUGGGACCAGGGAAAACAAAAAUUUCCAAGAGGUUGGCUAGAACUGACUCAGUAAUUUAUGAAUAUUUCAUAUUACUAUGCUGUUUUCUGCUCAGUUAUUCCAAAUGCCAUUCAUGUAGAUGCAGAAAAAGCUUAUUCCUGGAUCUGGCCACUCAGUGACUGGGCUGUUUGGUUUUAUUAGGAAUAAUGCUGAAGACCAGCAUAAAAUAAGGCGUUGUACACAUUGACCCACUUGUUCUGGUUUGGAUUAGACCAUUAAACAAUACAUUGGGACAUCUGAUUCCAUGUGCUGCUAAGAGUUUGCCCUGAAGUUUUAUUUUAAUUUUUCACUGAGAAAUCGGGCACCUGUUUUGACUGGAAGCUCCAC